GCCUCUAUUCUGCACCCGAGUUGUUGGCACAGCAGGAGUAUGACAAGAGUGUGGAUGUGUACUCGUUUGGAGUUAUUCUGUUUGAGAUGUUUGAAGGAUAUGACCGGAUCCGCCAGUUGCUACCCGGUGGGACCAACCAUGGGGGCAAUCUUUUCCCACUGGCACUUAGCAGCAGCGGCCACAGCAACUCGGAGGGGGGGGCGGAGGGGGGGGCAGGGGGAAGCCACCACAGCAGAGGAGGGAGUUACCAUGGGGGGGGGAGCUUAAGGGGUGGGGGGUUGUUUAAGGGGGGGAGUGCGGGGGAGAGAAGCAAGGAGGCUUCUGCCAGUGGUGGGGCUACUGCUGCUGCUGAUGGUUCUGCUGGUGCUGCUGGUGGUGCUGCUGAUGGGAGAGGGAGUGAGGGAGAGGCAGCAGCAGAAGCAGCAAGGCCGGCUGACAUUGCUCCUCCUGUCUUCACCAGACGAACAUACCCCAUGGGGAUGAAGGACUCGCUGGCCAGCAGCGCACAGGACCCACCGGUCCUCUUCCCCCCUGGGGAGCUCGCUGGCCAGCACCGCACAGGACCCACCGGUCCUCCUCCCCCCUGGGGAGCUCGCUGGCCAGCACCGCACAGGACCCACCGGUCCUCCUCCCCCCUGGGGAGCUCGCUGGCCAGCACCGCACAGGACCCACCGGGCCUCCUCCCCCCUGGUGAGCUCGCUGGCCAGCACCGCACAGGACCCACCGGUCCUCCUCCCCCCUGGGGAGCUCGCUGGCCAGCACCGCACAGGACCCACCGGGCCUCCUCCCCCCUGGUGAGCUCGCUGGCCAGCACCGCACAGGACCCACCGGUCCUCCUCCCCCCUGGGGAGCUCGCUGGCCAGCACCGCACAGGACCCACCGGUCCUCCUCCCCCCUGGGGAGCUCGCUGGCCAGCACCGCACAGGACCCACCGGUCCGUUUCCGGCUGGCGCGAGGCCCCCGGUCCCAAUCUCCCACGGGAGCGCAUGGGUUGUGCCAAAUGUUUUGCCGCAGUCUUUCUUCGCCGGUAG